AUGGCUAUUUACGAGACCAAGAGCGACAUUUCGUCGACUGGCGGGGAGAAGAAGUCGGCAACUGAUGUCGAGCGAGGGUUCCUGGGGCAUGACCAUGCUGUUCACCAGGUGGACUUCGAAACCGGGACCAGCACCUAUGCAAGACUGCAAAGGCUGGCGGGAAAGCUUGGUGUCGAGCAGAGAGGCAUUGAAAGGGUCCCCGAAGAUGAACGAAUCAACGAUGCCGUCGCCAACGUCGGAACGUUGUGGUGCUCCGCCAACAUGGUCGUCUCGUCUUUUGCCAUUGGUGUUUUGGCUAUUCCGGUAUUCAGUCUCGGCUUUGUUGAUACCGCCCUGACCAUCAUCUUCAUCAACUUUCUGGGAGUCAUGCCGGUCUGCUUCUUCUCGACUUUUGGCCCCACAUUCGGGUUGCGACAAAUGGUUCUGUCCCGUUACUGGUUUGGCUUCUACGCUGUCAAGCUGAUCGCCAUCUUCAAUAUCCUCGCCUGCCUAGGUUGGUCCGCUGUCAAUACCAUCGUCGGCGCUCAGCUGUUUCACGCAGUCAACAACAACAUGCCUGGGUGGGCCGGUAUCAUCGUCAUCGCCAUAUCGACUCUCAUCAUCUGCACUUUCGGCUACCGUAUUGUUCACACCUACGAGCGAUUCUCCUGGAUCCCUUGCGCCAUUAUCUUCCUGAUUGUCCUCGGCGUCUUUGCGCACUCAGGAAAGUUCGACAGCAUGCUACCCAUGAGCACUGGUCCAGCCGAGGCGGGCUCCGUCCUGUCUUUUUCUGCAAGUGUUUACGGCUUUGCGACGGGUUGGACAUCCUACGCUGCCGAUUACACGUGCUACUACCCGGCUUCCACCUCCCGGAUGAAGGUCUUCCUCGUCACUUUCUGCGGCCUUUUCUUCACCCUGUGCUUCACCGAGUUGCUGGGUGCCGCCGUCAUGACUGCCAGCGUUCACGACCCGACUUUUUCCGACGCCUACGCCAACUCUGGAAUCGGUGGUCUUCUGGCCGCCGUCCUGGUCACCAAGCUUGGUGGCUUCGGCCAGUUCUGUCUCGUCAUCCUCGCCCUCUCAAUCAUCGCCAACAACUGCCCCAACAUUUACUCCGUCUCCCUUUCUCUGCAAGUACUCUCUAGGAAGACCGAACGGAUCCCGCGUUUCAUUUGGGUCUUCGUUGGUACCGGUGUUUACAUCGCCAUCAGCAUUCCGGGCUACGACCACUUCGAAUCUUGGCUUGAGAAUUUCAUGCUCAUCAUCGCCUACUGGCUCGCCAUCUACGAGGGAGUCAGUCUCACCGACCACGUCGUAUUCCGCCGCGGCAUCAGCGGGUACGAUAUCAGCGACUGGGACACGCCGUCACGCCUACCCCCUGGUUUUGCGGCCGUGGCGGCUUUCUUGAUGGGCGUCAUGGGCGCCGUGCUCGGUAUGUCACAAAGUUGGUUCACCGGUCCCAUUGGCAAGCUAGCCGGCGGAAGCUUUGGCGGCGACAUUGGUUUUGAAUUAGCGUUCUCCUUUACGUCAGUUUCCUACAUGGUACUGCGUGUGGUUGAGAAGAAGUUUUUCAAACGAUAG